UACAAGUCCUCAUUCGCUAUGGCGUUCAAGUGUAAUACCGCAGCCGCCCUCUACAUCCUCCUUUCAUCAACCUCAGUGAUUGCAUUGGUUUUCGGAGCGCUAUCUUGGUCCCGAACAACAUGCCUCUUUCUCCCGCUGCCAGGGUGGGUCCCGGCGGGAGCUACAAUACUCUCCCCCGUCACUAUUCUUGCGUUUCUCGCCACGAGAAUUUUCCUAGCAAAACCUUCCUUGACCGGCGGGAAUCGUUGGCGAGUAGUCCUCCUUCCCCUCCUGAAUCAUCUCCACACCAUAUUAUCGAGCAUAAUGGCAACGGUGGCACUGGCCUACCUCUUCCCGGAAAAUACUCUCGCCUGCCAUCUCGAAAGCCAGUGGCAGUCCUUUUUCCAGUCCAAAAAUUCACCCGUCAUUCGUACAAUCCAGGAUCGCUUUCAGUGCUGUGGCUUUCGUAGUAUUCAUGAUAGAGCAUGGCCCUUCAAGGAUCGAGAUCAUGGAGAUAACGCGUGUGAGUUGCAGCUCGGGUACCAACGAAGCUGUCUCGGUCCCUGGAGAGAGCAACAGCAACGCGUCUCGUGGAUGGUGUUUGUAGCAGCUAUUGCGAUGCUGGCCGUGAAGGUUGGGUUUGUAUACAUUUCUCCUAGUCGAGUUCCCUGGAUGAAUUCACGGUCUCGCCUGAGAGUUCCAGAGUACCAACAAAUUGCAGACGCCCCGGAGGAGGGACAGGGAAGAGAUGGGGCGGGAAAUGCCGACGAGGAUAGAGCCACGAUGUUACCGCAAGCCAAUCAAGGAUUUCCAACCCACUGGGACGUGGACUAAGGGAAUACGGGGACCACAGAUGGAUCUUGAUCCAGGCAAUAGUGGGGAGGGAAAUCAGAAAGGCAAACCCGCCGUUGAAUUGAGUGGAAAAGCGUAAUCCGCAAUGAAAAGAAUGGUUUGUACAUUCGGUGAUUUUUAAUUGGAACUCUCCAUCUACUAAAAUGCCAGUCUAUGUAUUUGCGUACCAAGAGAACACAAAGAUCAGAAGGUGACGUUCACACA